ACUGUGAAAUAUGGCGGCGCUUCCGGCCCUGUCGCCCUCAGCGAAGAUGGCGGCAGUGGAGAAGCGGCGGCCGGCGAUGACCCAGGCGGCCAGUAUCACGGACAGCGGCCGGCCAGGGGUCUCCCGAGCAGCUGUGACGGCCGAGAGUGAGGAGGACUUUCUGCGGCAGGUCGGCGUGACGGAGAUGCUGCGCGCGGCCCUGCUGAAGGUGCUGGAGGCGCGACCCGAGGAGCCCAUUGCCUUCCUUGCACACUAUUUCGAGAACAUGGGCCUGCGCUCGCCUGCAAACGGCGGCGCCGGGGAGCCCCCGGGCCAGCUCCUGCUGCAGCAGCAGCGCCUGGGCCGCGCGCUAUGGCAUCUUCGCCUGGCUCACCACUCCCAGAGGACAGCCUUCAACAACAACGUCGGCGUGGCCUACGAAUGCCUGAGCGCCAGCGGGCGCAAGAAGAAGCCGGGGCUGGACGGGCGCACGUACAGUGAGCUGCUGAAGCGCAUCUGCCGCGACGGGGAGGCCCCUGAGGAGGUGGUGGCGCCUCUGCUGCGCAAGAUCCAGUGCCGGGACCACGAGGCCGUGCCGCUGGCGGUGUUCCGCGCGGGCAUGCUCACCUGCUUCGUGCUGCUGGAAUUCGUGUCGCGCGCCGGCGCCCUCUAUCGGCUGCUGGAAGACCCGGGCCUGGCCGUGGCCGACCGCCGCGUGGGCCAGGCCGUGCUGGACACGCUGGCGGGGGCCCUGCAGGCCAGCGACGAUACCGCGCCCGCCCGCUACCUGGAGGCCGGCUCGCGUCUGGGGCCCGACAGCCUGGCGCUGGCCAUGGACCGCGCGCUGGUGGCUCGGCGGCCCAGCGCGGCCAUGACCCGGGAGGAGUUCCUGGAGAAGGCCGCCGCCCUCUUCAUCGCCAAGGUCAAGCCCGUCGGCUGAGCGCUUCCGUUGGCAGCCACCUUCUCCCCACCCGGACAGCUGGGGUCCUCGAGGUCCGACUCACCUGCUCCUGGGCAGAAAACGGGCUCAGGGCCGGGACUGGGAUGUCCCUGCAUGCGGGGGUGAAAGGGAGCCCCUCCACACCCAGCUUCCAACCUGGAAUGAUGUCCCAGCCCCCUCUGGGGGAGGCUGAGAGUCCCUCCCCGCACGCCCGCCAGGGCCCCCUCUUCAGCAGUAAUAAAGUCUGUUAGCCAGGCUCA